AUGAGUAAAUGUGCUCCAGAGCAUCAAGUCACAUACAUUUCUGGACUGUUUCUAAACGGAGCGCUCUCAUGGUGGAACCUUCAGGUGCAGACUUUGGGAGAGGCCGCUGCGUAUGCUUUGACGUGGAAUAAACUGAAAGAGUUGAUGCGUAAGAAGUAUUGUUCUCGAGCAGAAAUCCAGAAGUUGGAAACGGAAUUCUGGAACUUGAAAAUGGAAGGCCCAAAGGUGGCGGAAUAUGUCCAGAGAUUUCAUGAUUUGUCUAGAGUUGUUCCUUAUUUGGUGGAGCCAGAGUUUAAGAGGAUAGAACGAUUCAUCUGGGGAUUGCCACCCCAGAUUCUGAGCAUGGUGACAACAUCAAAGCCUCAAACAAUUACUGAGGUAAUUGACUUAAGUGUGGCACUCACUGAAGAAGCAAUUAGGUUGGGAAAACUUUUAAUCUCUGAGAAGAAAAAGGAGACUCAUGUGGAGUCAUCUGGGGAUAACAAAAGAAAGUUCACUAAUUUCAAGAAGGGUACUCAGGCGAAUAACAACAACAAUGCCAAUAAGGGAAGAGGGUAUAUGAGUAUUUUACCUAAGUACGACAAUUGCCAAAGCCACCAUACCGAACGAUGCAGGUAUGGAAAAUGUGAUAACUGUGGCAAAGUGGGGCAUGCCAAGGAGACGUGUUGGCAUGGUGCUAGACGUGGAAAUGGAGGUCAACGUGGUAAUGGAAACCGCGGUGGGUAA